AUCCGAUGAUAAUAAUAAAAAACGGUUGACAAACGGUAACGUUGUUCGUUCCUUCGACAUUAUUAUCAUCUCGUGUUCUCCGUUUUAACAUACCUCAUGCUCUAUAUAAUCCAAUAAUGUCAACUCAAGCACAAGCAAGCAGCCAUGGCUGAAAGAUCAUUAGAACUCACUAUCAUCUCAGCAAAGGAUCUCAACAAAGCCAAGUACCUCAUCGGCAAAAUGGAUGUCUACGCGGUCGUAUACAUCUACGGCGCCUGGAAUCAUGAUCAGAAGCAGAAAACGCACGUCCACAAGGGCGGAGAAUCCAACCCUGUGUGGAACUAUCCGAUGAGGUUUAUGAUUGAUGAAUCUGCCGCAUUACAAAACCGGUUGACUUUGGUUGUUAAGAUCAAAACGGGAGGUUUGUUUGGUGAUACAGAUGUAGGAGCUGUUUAUGUUCCGGUCAAGGAGCUUCUAGAAGGUGGCGAUUCGAGUGGAAAUAGACCGGUAGAGUUUGUUAGUUAUCAGGUGCGGACGCCGUCUGGUAAACUGAAAGGUGAACUCAAUUUUUCGUAUAAAUUUGGUGAAAUAUCCACGGGUGAGCCUGUUACGGCUUACCCGGCGGUGGGUUCUGAGUCUAGUUCAGCAUACCCACCACCAGUGUAUGCAGCGCCGGUUGGUGCUGCUGCUUUGGGAUCUGAUCCACCAGCACCAGCCGGCGCUGCUCCUGGUGCUUAUCCACCAGGAGGUGGGUAUUAUUAUUAUCCUCCACAGGCAGGAUAUGGUUACAGUGGUUACCCUCCGCCUGGGUAUGGUGGGUAUCCUCCGCCAGGGUAUGGUGGGUAUCCUCCACCUGGGUAUGGGUACCCGCCGAUUCAACAACCAGAACAGCCUCAGAGGAAGAGUAAGUUCGGUCUUGGGUUAUUGGGAGGGUUGUUGUGCGGUUUGUUGGUUGGAGGUAUUGCGAUGGACGCUGCUAAUUUUGGGGGAUGCGGUGGUGGUUGUGGUGGCGGUUGUGGUGGGUAACUUUGAAACAUAACAAAGGUGUGUUGGUUUGUCAUAAUUGUCAUCGUAUCUGUUAUCGUAAAGGAUCAAAAACUGGAAUUAUGUAUUUGUUUUUUCUAGUUUUGUUAAAUAACCAAUGUAGAGGCCAGAGUUUGGUAAAAAUAACGGAUGGCCCAAAAACAAUUCAAAUGUCGAUAUUGUUUAUUCAUGGAUACUUUAAUAUACAUAAUGAAAAAGUCGAACAUUUUUCUUCAAGAA